CAACAACAGGCCCCGCGGCGCGUGGCGAAGGCCUGCGAAGCGCGCCGCCUCUCCGUGCGCCGGCGGCGGAAGGGGGGGGCUCCUGGGACUUGUAGUUUGGGCUGGGUAAGCUAUGGAGAGGGCUAUGGCCAGCGGCUCCUUGCUGGGCGAGAUUGGUUUUUGGGCGGAGAGGACGCCGGUUCACGAAGCAGCCCGGAGGGGAGAAAUCCUGCAGCUGCAAGAGCUCAUUAAGAGCGGCGCCUGCGUCAACCUGGUCACCUAUGAUUCCAUCACGCCGCUGCAUGAGGCCAGCCUGUGCGGCCAGACCCAGAGCGUGAAAAUCCUCCUGGCCGCAGGGGCACAGGUGGAUGCCAGAAACAUAGACGGCAGCACGCCCCUCUGCGACGCCUGUGCCUCUGGGAGCCUAGAGUGUGUGAAAGUCCUGCUCUCACAUGGGGCCAAGGUUAACCCUCCGCUCUACACGGCGUCUCCCCUCCACGAGGCCUGCAUGAAUGGCAGUGCCGAGUGCGUCCGUCUGCUGAUCUGCGUCGGCGCUAACCUGGAGGCCCACGAUUGCCACUUCGGGACUCCUUUGCACUUGGCAUGCGCCAGAGAGCACCUGGAUUGCGUGAAGAUAUUGCUCAACGCAGGGGCCAACGUGAAUGCCGCCAAACUUCACGAGACAGCCCUCCAUCACGCCGCCAAGGUGAAAAACGCUGAUCUGGUGGAGAUGCUGGUCGAGUUCGGGGGAAACAUUUAUGCCCGGGACAACCGGGGCAAGAAACCUUCGGACUAUACCUGGAGCAACAGCCAAGCGGCCAAGUGCUUUGAGCAUUACGAAAAAACUCCGCUGUGCUUGUCCCAGCUCUGCCGGCUGAGCCUGAGGAGAGCCCUUGGCCGGCAAGCCCUGGAGAAAAUCUCCAAGCUCCACAUUCCUCUGCGAUUAAUCGACUUCCUCUCCUAUAACUGAUCGACCCGGGAAGGUGCCGCUCCAGGGUGCCACCAAGCCCGUGCCACGCAAGGCCGUUCUCGUCACGCUGAUCUCAGGCAACUCUUCAGAAAUGGUUUUAAUUUAAAGGAUGUAAAUAGUAUUUAUGAGAAAUCUGCCGUCUGAUGCCGGACAGGCGGGGUCUUCUCCUUCGCAGCCUGUUCCCGUAAUAGCUCUUAAUAUUCUUAUGGUGCUGUCCUGAACACGCAAAGCGCCCGCGCGCACGCCUUGCAAGAACCCCAUGCAGAAUAAUUUCCCCGCUGUUCCCGUUUCGGAGGCGCCGCGCUUGCGUCAGAAUGGAGGUGAACGUGGGCGCACCGGUUCACAGCUCCGGCUCUUAACUGUUUACGCUUCACCAGCAUCCAGAGCGCCCCAAAGGAGGUACGGCAACACCAGCGUGAAAAAGGAUUCGGCGUUUUGUGGUUUCUUAGCACUCAUGUUCUGGCUAGAUGCCACCAAUAGGCGGUGAAAUAUAUCAUUUACCAUGUG